CUUAUUCACAGAUGAAGAAUUAGUCACAGAUGAAGACUUAGUCACUGAUGAAGAUCUAAUUGCCGAAGGAAGUUUGGUCACUAACAGAGGGUUAGUUACAGAUAAAGCAUUAGCUACUAAUGAAGGGUUAGUUACAGAUAGAGUAUUGGCUACUAAUAAAGGUAAUAGUAUCAGGCAUGGUUAUUAUCGUAGUGAGAGAAGAAAUCCUAAUAAU